GUUUAGGCGUUUUGUGGCUUUGGUUUAUAUUUCCCAUAUUUCUUGUCUUGUGUCUUGUGAUAUUUCUAUUUAUUGUUUCCGAAUUGUUUCUGAUUUCUUGACAGGUUAGUCGAUUGUUAGCAGAUUUUUCUGUUUUGGAACAACAAAUUUCCAUUUGGUGAUAACUAUGGAGAGUGAAGCACAUGCCAGUGAGCCAUUGAAAAUUGAAUAUGCAGAGGUUAAACAGGAACCAACAGAGGUGGUUGGUGAAUCAUUUGGAGUUGAGCAGCCUACCUGGGAAUGGGAAAUGGAGGAUUAUGAAAAUAAAGAUGGAAUGGAUUUGCUCAGAAUAAAAAAUGAACAGUCUGAUGUUAUGUCUACAGUUACCUGUGAUCUCAACGGUGAAGCUUUCAAUAUGAAGGAAGGAAGUAUGAAGCUAGAAAAUGAUCUGGACGUCAAAUCUGAAGAAACUCAAAUCAGCCAUGAAUACAUCAUUAAAGAUGAGAACGAGUCAGGUGCAGAAACAGCUUCGGAUAGGUAA